AAGAAACCAUCGGGCGCCUGGUCCACAUUCUGUUCUUUGACGGUUGCCCACAGCGGAGGCCACGUUUCCCCGCCACCAUGUCGCUCCGGUUUUCUGGCGGGUCCAGGCGCUCUUGCUUGCAGUCUGGAGCUGGGUCUGUCAGACCACCCAGCGGAGGUUUGGCAGGCAGCAGUGCAGGCGGCAGCUCGGUGGCUAGCGGUGGAUUUUCCUGUGCCCUGGGGAUCCCCAAUGUUGGGGGCCAUGCGGGAGGCGCCCUUGGAAAUACUGCUGGAAAUGAACGAGGACUCCUCUCGGGGAACGAAAAGGUGACCAUGCAAAAUCUCAACGACCGCCUGGCAUCCUACCUGGAUAAUGUGCGGGCUCUGGAGGAGGCAAAUGCUGAACUGGAGAGAAAGAUCAAGAGUUGGUAUGAAAAAUACGGACCUGGGUCUUGCCGUGGACUUGAUCAUGACUACAGCAGAUAUCACCUAACGAUCGAGGAUCUGAAAAAUAAGAUUAUCUCUUCCACUGCUGCUAAUGCUAAUGUCAUUCUGCAGAUAGAUAAUGCCAGACUGGCUGCUGAUGACUUCCGGCUAAAUAGUCUAACUUAUACUGAAAUAAAUACCACCGCCCCCCCAAGGUAUGAAAACGAGCUCACCCUUCACCAAAACGUAGAGGCAGACAUCAAUGGGUUAAGGUGGGUUCUGGACGAGCUGACGCUUUGCAGGACGGACCAGGAGCUGCAGUAUGAAUCCCUGAGUGAAGAGAUGACCUACCUCAAGAAGAACCACGAAGAGGAAAUGCAGGCUCUGCAAUGCGCGGCGGGAGGCAACGUGAACGUGGAGAUGAACGCCGCCCCCGGGGUGGACCUCACGGUGCUGCUGGGCAACAUGCGAGCUGAGUACGAGGCCCUGGCUGAGCAGAACCGCCGGGACGCCGAGGCCUGGUUCCAGGAGAAGAGCGCCACGCUGCAGCAGCAGAUCUUCGACGACGCUGGCGCAGCCACCUCCGCCAGGACCGAGCUGACAGAGAUGAAGCGCACCCUGCAAACACUGGAGAUCGAGCUGCAGUCCCUCCUGGCAACGAAACGCUCCCUGGAGUGCUCCUUGACAGAGACUGAAGGCAACUACUGCACGCAGCUGGCGCAAAUCCAGGCUCAGAUUGGGGCCCUGGAGGAGCAGCUGCACCAGGUCAGGACUGAGACGGAGGGCCAGAAACUGGAGUAUGAGCAGCUCCUGGACAUCAAGGUCCACCUGGAGAAGGAAAUUGAGACCUACUGCCGCCUGAUAGACGGAGAUGGGAAUUCAUGCUCCAAAUCAACAAGCUUUGGAUCAGAAAAUUCAGGAAAUUCAUCUAAAGAUUUAGCCAAAACCACGCUGGUAAAGACGGUGGUGGAAGAGAUAGAUCAACGUGGUAAAGUUCUUUCAUCCAGAAUUCACUCCAUUGAGGAAAAGACAUCUAAAAUAGUCAAUGGCAAGACAGAACAAAGGGUUCCCUUCUAGCUCUCAUCUUAGAGAAAAAAAUAAUAUUUUGAGAAAAGAUCUGGCACCACUGAAUUAUUUUAAAUAUGAGAGAGAAAUAUAAAACACUUUCUACUCUUAAAGUUCCUUAGCAAAAAUACCUGUUUUCUUAAUAACCUUUUCAGGUUGUUGGGUGUUUGGUUUCAAAUAAAUAAAAAAGUUGAUGUGCACACAUUUCUGUUUUUUGAAGACUAAUAAAUAAUUAGUUGUGAUUUUUUUCCUUAGGGAGAUACUUAUGGACUCAAUUUUUAACUGAAUUUCACUUGAGUUUUAAUAACAGUCGGUACCAGCACUUGACAUUAAGUAUUAAACAUUUACUAGGCAUAAUCGUGAAAGCCCAAGUGUCUACACAGGCAAAGAGUCUGGGAAAACUCAGGAAUUCUGCAACUGAAAAGUCCACCUCUAGAUGGCGCAUGCAUGGCAUUUUACCAAUCGCCUACCUUCAGCCCUUUUGGGGCCACUGGAUACUACCUAGGACAGGUUUCUCAUUUAAACAGGAACGUCUCAAAAAGAUCCACAGUCAUUAGCCUCAUGUUAAUGACUUUUUUCCUAAAGCAGAUUGGAAGCUUUUUCUAUGAAGGCCCAGCUAGUAAAUCUUUUAGAUUUUGCAAUCAUAGAGUUUCUCUGUUCAAUAUUCAACUUGGUCAUUGUAACAGGAAGCAGCCACAGACAAGACAAAGAGGAACAAGACUGCCUUCAACAAAACUCUGGAAUAUGAAUUGCAAAUAGUUUUAUGUGUCAUGAAGUAUUGUAAAUUUUGAUUUUUUUUUUCAAAAA